AUGGCAUUGGCACCAGCGGAAUGGGUCGCUGCGGUGAGCUCAACGCUUGCUAGGCUGUGCACGUUCUGCUUCCUGCGAUGGAUACCUGGACAUCACUUUCCGCCACUCAUUCUGACCAGCGUUGCCGUGUACUUGGCCACCACUUUUACUCAGUCUCGGACCUUUGGCAGGCCUUUGACUCUGAAAGAAGCUUUUCCUCGAGUUCUGGGCAACGGCAAGCACGAGAAGGAGAAGCCGCACGAUGAGCAUGAGCCCGCCAUCUAUCAUGAUGAGAAGGAGGUCUUCAAGACCGUCGUAUGGGGGAUUCCGAAUUGGAGGGAGCCGGAGCUGAGCUAUGUCUCGAUCGGCAUUAACAUUCUCAUGGCGCUUCUCUGCUUGGACCUGGUUUUCCGAGGGCCUUUGCUCCAUCCAGUCAACAACCUGCGCUUCUCACGAGUCGGCUUCGUCGAUAAUACAUCAGCCAAGGUCGUUUUCCGCGAGCCAGACCCAGCCAACCUGCCAGUAUACGCGUACAUCAAAGGCCUCGACGAGGCAAAAUGGACUGCAACAGAUCGAAUCUACUACAUCGACUCUGAUACGGACUACACCUAUCCGUUGUCCUUCACAAACCUCCGCCCAGACACGACAUACACAUACUCCCUCUCUAAUGACCUCUCCGGCACCUUCACGACGGCCCCGGCACCCCACUCCCCUUCAGCCAACAGCCUCGUCUUCCUCACAUCCUCCUGCAUCAAAGCCAACUUCCCCUAUCGGCCCUUCUCGCACUCCCUAGCUAUCCACGGCUUCGAACACCUCUCCAAUGUCCUCCGCUCUCUCCCAUCCCCUGCCGCAUUCAUGCUCUUCCUCGGCGACUUCGUCUACAUCGACGUUCCCCUCCGCCUCUCGUCAUCCAUCGCGCACUACCGUGCCGAAUACCGCCGCGCCUACGCUUCUCCUUCUUGGAAGCUCCCGCUCGUCUCCCCCCUCCCAUGGCUACACACCCUCGACGACCACGAAAUCGCCAACGACUGGUCCAGCGGCAACGAGACCGAACCUUUCCCAGCCGCUUCAGACCCAUUCAUCCACUACCACGUUUCCGUCAAUCCUCCCACGCCGCCCACCUCCUUACUCAAUUACAACCCGCCUUCCGGCGAAAACACAACCUACUUUCAAUUCACCCGCGGUCCCGCCCAAUUUUUCAUGCUCGACACCCGCCGAUACCGCACCGACCCGGAACCAAACAUUUCUAGCGGAAGUCACAGUUCUCCAGGAACAAACCCACCCCCUUCGCCGGACGCACACUCGAUGCUCGGACCAGAGCAGCUGGCUUCGCUGCUGGCUUUCAUCUCGUCCACGCCUCCAGCAGGAGUGCACUGGAAGAUCAUCGCCUCCAGCGUCCCCUUCACAAAAAACUGGCGCUUCGGCACAAGCGACACAUGGGGCGGCUUCCCCACCGAACGCGCCCUCAUCCUACGCGCCAUGCACUCCGCCGAGCGCUCCCUACCCAUCCGCGUAGUCAUCCUCUCCGGAGACCGCCACGAAUUCGCAGCUAUCCGCUUCCCACCACCCGUCGCCACCGAGGAAGUCGUCGUCGACACCGGCGCAGACCUCACAGGCGACGAAGGUGUGGAGCUGAAGAAGGAAGAAGUGCUGUACAGCGCCGCGCCGCAAGCGGGACCACAUGAGUUCAGUGUUGGGCCGCUGAGUAUGUUUUAUUUGCCGUUCAGGACGUUCAGGCAGGUAGAUGGGGAGGAUGUUGCGAUUAGGUAUGUGCCGGAUGGGAAUAGUAAGGUUGGGGUUGUGGAUAUUCAGAACUUGGGGGCUGGUCCUGGGAGUAGAGGGAGGGCUGCUCAUGGGGAUGAUAAUGGGAGUCAGCAGCGGAGUAUGCUGAAGUAUACGCUGUGGGUCGAUGGGGAGGUGAGUUGGGAGUACGUGCUUACGAGUCCGUCGCCGCAUUAUAGGGGAAAGGGGCUAUUGGGCCGUGGUGGGUUUGGGCUGUGGUAG